AUGACCACACCUACUGGAUCACACGAACCCACAGCAGAUAAGAAGCGAACACGCCGCAUACGCAAAGGUAACCUUCCUGGCCCUGUCACUGUGAAACCAAAGAAGACCUUGUUUGUGGAUGAGAUCGGGGAUUCUUUGGUUGAUGGGCUCUACGAGACAGCCAAGCGUAACGGCGAUGUUGAUAAUCUUGCUGCCUCUUCCAUUUCUCUCUGGGAUCAUUUGCGCAGCAGCACAGGGCCUCCAGCAGCCUCAUCCUGUUCGAGCUCAGCAAGCUUUAAUACAUUGUCUGAUUCUAGCCCGGCAACGAGUGUGAACAGUCAUGAACCCCUCCCAAUCAAUUCCUUACAAGUACCAACAACGGUCAAAGUGCUGAACCCAACCACUGAUUCACUUCAUGCAAAAGCCAAAGGCCAAGAUCUAGAUGCGGUAUUCGGACUCGAAGAUUUCAAGACCGUGGCAGCCAUCCAACAAAUAGCUGCACAGUAUGGCCAAGUGGCACACAUGGGAAUCCUCGAUCACAGCUACCGAUUCUUCGUGAACAAAUCAAGAACGGCAGCAAUUUCAUUUAAGGUCCAGAACGGUGUGGCAGUCAUCGGUGGAGAUCCAUUAUGUCACAAAGACGAAAUCCCCGAGCUCUUGUCGGAGUUUGCAGCCUAUCGGCAACGACAUCAUUUGAGCAUAGCAUUCAUGGGCGCCAGCGAGUCCUUCCUUAAAGACUACGCCAAACCGAACGGUUGGACAACAAUCCGCUUCGCCACAGAGCGCGUACUGAAUCCUCAGACAAACGAAGUCAUCCUAGAGAACAGCGGGAAACGCAUCCUGACCAAAAGCCGUCAACUCACGAACAAAACUAAAGGUGGCAUCACCAUGGGCGUGUACGCCCCCGCCGUGCAUGGGAUAAACCAAGAUCUACAAAGUAACCUCAUCGCCGUCUACGAUGCCUGGCGGGCUGAGCGCAAUGCCUCCGCCAGCCCACAAGCCUUUAUAACCGUCUACGACCCCUUUGCCGUCCCCGCCCUGAUGACCUUCAUCUACACCCGCACCCCAGACAGAACAAUCAACGGUUUUGCUGCUCUUCGACGCCUCGGCGCCGGCGGCUACCAUGUUGACCCGUACAUCGCAGCCCCAGGCAGCGUAAGCGGCAUCAGUGACCUUCUGCUCGUCAUGGCGAUGGCUCUCCUCCGACGCGCCGGCGUCUCUUACCUCGGCCUCGGCGUCGAGCCACUCCAAUCACUCAACCGCGAGGAUGUUAGCGGCAUGCCGUGGCCCUGUAAGAGUUUUACACGCGGUCUGUACGGCCAUGCAUUCCAGCGUCUGCCCAUCGGCGGCAAGAAGGCAUACCAUGAUAAAUUCCGCCCUGAUGCAACUCAGGACGCGGGUCUUUAUCUUGUUUUCCCAUCCGGCAUACCCAGUCCCCGACACAUGCUCGCUAUGACUCAUAUGGCUAACAUCAGUUUGCGGAAGAUAUUCCGGGCGGAUGUCGAGUCUUUUGUGUUGACUCGCAAGUUGAAAGCAGGUGGUGAGGUUGUUGUGUCGCUCGGUAAGAAGGAAGGUUCGGCCGAACAAAGCAAAAAGGGUGACAGGUUUGAGGAGGAAGUUCUUGUAUUCUAUUCGCCUUGUGUGCGUUAA